GUGAUCAGCGGGGGACACUACGACGUGGACUGCUACGUGGAGGACCCCAGCGGCAGGAAAAAAAAAAAGUAUGACAGCUUCCAGCACCGCACCGAGCUCCAGGGCGUCUACACCUUCUGCUUCAGCAACGAGUUCUCCACCUUCUCCCACAAAACCGUCUACUUUGACUUCCAGGUGGGCGACGAGCCGCCCAUCCUGCCCGACAUGAGCAACCGCGUCACCGCCCUGACGCAG